AUGGCGCGCAGAAGUGCACGACUUGAGAAUACGAGGUACUACGAUGUGGACGGCAGCCCCCGCAUCUCCUACUCCACUGGGACUCGACGUCACAGUUUCCCCCAGGACCAGGUAAACCUGCGGAGCCUGAGGAAGGAGCUGCAUCAUCUCCAGCAGGAUCUGGGACGUCUGCAGACCAUGGCGCACCCUCAGGCCACCCUCUGGGGGAACUUUGCGUUGGCGUCGCAUGGAGCUCAGGUCCUAACCGCCUUCAGCUCCAGCACCCACCAACAAAAGGGUUCUUCCAGUUGGCUGACACCUUACUCUCCAUGGGAGGUGAUCAAAGGCCAGUAUUACCCUCUGGUCCCUGGGCACUGCUGGGCCUUCUCUGGCCAGACAGGAGAGCUGUUUGUGGCCCUGUCUCAGAAGAUCCAUGUGUCUCACAUCACUGUGGGGCACAUCUCUAAAGAGCAGUCGGUCACAGGGGAGAUCCUGUCGGCUCCGAAGGCCUUCGCCCUUUAUGGACUGGAGGAAGUGGAUGGACCCAAAGUCCACCUGGGGACCUUCCAGUACGAGUCUGACGGAGACUCAUUCCAGACCUUUGAGAUCAAGGAGCACACCUCCAACAUCUUCAGGUUUGUGAAGCUGGAGGUCCUGACCAACCAUGGCCUGGAGGACUACACCUGUCUGUACAGCUUCAGGGUCCACGGGAAAAUCCCUGAGGCUGCAACCACCUGGUAA